GCCCUGCGGGGGGUAGAUGAUGGCGGCGUCCAGGUAGCUGUCUUGUGGAAACCUGAUCCGAAUGGCGUUGGCGUCUGCGCCAGCAAAACGGGCCUUUCUUGGCUCUGGAUGGCUCGGCUUUGGGGACUCCGGGAUCCCGAGACGCGGGGCGUACGAAUGGGGCGUGCGCUCUACGAGGAAACCUGAGCCUCUCCCGCUAGACAGGGUGUAUGAGAUCCCCGGACUGGAGCCGAUCACCUACGCUGGGAAGAUGCACUUCAUGCCCGGGCUGGCGCGGCCGGUGUUUCCGAAUUGGGACCGCGGUUGGAAGCACCCAAGGUUUCACCGCUCUCCUCCGAUCCACGAGCAGCCGCUGUACAAGGAACAGCCUUGCUACAUCUUCCACCGGCGUUGCCGUCUCCUCGAGGGAGUGAAGCAGGCUCUCUGGCUUACCAAGACCAAAUUAAUAGAAGGCCUUCCUGAGAAAGUUCUCAGCCUUGUUGACGACCCACAGAACCACAUAGAGAACCAAGAUGAGCGUGUUCUGAACAUGAUCUCUCACGCCCGUCUGUGGCACUCUACGGAGGACAUCCCCAAGAGAGAGACCUACUGCCCAAUCAUUGUGGACAACCUGAUUCAGCUGUGUAAAUCCCACAUUCUCAAGCACCCUUCCAUGGCCAGGCGGAUUUGUGCCAAAAACUACUCAUUAUCUGCCAUGUGGAGUCGAGAGUCUUUUCUCCUUCAGGUCCGAGGUAGUAGUGGCACCCGGCUGAGUGCCAAAGAUCCUCUGCCCCCCAUCGCCUCCAGAGAGGAGGUUGAAGCCACUCGGAAUCAUGUUCUGGAGACCUUCUACCCCAUAUCCCCUGUGAUUGAUCUUCAGGAGUGCAAUGUGUAUGAAAUGAAGGAUGAUACAGGGUUCCAGGAGGGCUAUCCGUACCCCUUUUGCCACACCCUGUAUUUACUGGAGACAGCCAAGUUGCGGUCACAUCGCUUUCAUCCAGAGCAGUUACGGGCCAAGAUGAUAUUGUUUGCUUUUGGCAAUGCCCUGGCCCAGGCACGGCUCCUCUAUGGGAAUGACAGCAAGGUCUUGGAGCAACCCGUGGUUGUGCAGAGCGUGGGCACAGAUGGACGCAUUUUCCAGUUCCUGGUGCUGCAAUUGAACACCACAGAUCUGGCCUCGAAUGAGGGCGUCAAGAACUUGGUUUGGGUAGACUCAGACCAGCUCCUCUAUCGGCAUUUUUGGUGUCUCCCUGUAAUCAAAAAGAAGGUGGUGGUGGAGCCGGUUGGGCCAGUUGAUUUCCAGCCAGAGACCUUCAAGAAGUUCUUAGCCCUGUAUCUGCAUGGUGCUGUGUAAGCAAGGAUGUUCUGAGCCCUGACGCGUCUCCCUCCAAGGAGCCUGCAUCCUGGGUGGUGCCUGGGGCCUCUGUGCCCACUCGGCCUGCUGCUUUCCUUGGCAAUAAAGAGCCCUUGGCUGCACUGGA